CUCUCUCUCUCUCUCUGUCUCUACAAUGCGCCCCUCCUUCCUCACCUACGACAUCACCCUCUCGGUCGUGUGCGUCUCCCUCGCCCUCCUCGUCCUUUGCCUCUUCCUCCUCUGCAAAGCCAGAAACAGGCUCCCCCAACCCUCCGAUCCCGAAUCCCCCACCCCGUCUCACCGCCCAUGCGCCACACCAUGGCCCCUCCAAACCCUCCACUCCGCCACCCAAGCCUUCAGCUCCAACCGGGCCCUCGGCCACGGUCGUCUCGGCACCACCUACCGAGCCAUCCUACCUGAUGGCCUUGUUGUUGCCGUCAAGCGUGUUGACCCCCAGCUUGUGCUCGCUCGUGCAGGCCAUAGCUUCUCGGCCGAGAUCAAAUCCCUCUCUCGAGCCCACCACCCCCAUGUGGUGCCCAUCCUCGGCUAUUGUGAGGCACCGGGCGAGCGCCUCAUCGUGGCGGACUUCGCACCCCUGAAGAGCCUCGAAUUCCACAUCCACAGCAAUCAGGGCACAGCGCUGAGCUGGGCAACACGCGUCCGUGUGGCCUCCGAGGUGGCGCGCGGGUUGGACUAUUUGCACAACGGCACCGCUCCACCCAUUGUACAUCGUGCAGUAAGGCCCUCGAAUAUAGUGUUCGGAGCGGGCAUGGUCGCCAGGGUUUCCGACUACGGCCUCGCGCCGAUGUUUGGUGUGGAAAGCAAUGCAAAGGCCGGGUGCUGGUAUCGGGACGGGGAGGGGAUGGCGAGUAAGGCCGGCGACGUAUACGCGUUCGGGGUGAUUUUGAUAGAAUUGAUGAGUGGGAGGAGGUUAGAGAGAGAAGAGGUGAAGGAGUGGGCAUUGAGGUUGAUCAGGGAGGGGAUAGGGAGAGAGAUGGUUGAUGAGAGGCUGAGCGGCGAUGCUGAAUCUGAGGAAGUGGAGAGGAUGGGGAGGGUGGCGUUGGCGUGUGUGGGGAAUAGUAGGCAGUGCAGGCCUCCUAUCGGGCAGGUUGCUGCCAUUUUGAACGAUUUAUGGGAGAGGAGACAAAGGAUGGGUGAUGGUAGAAACAGAUAGCGGUGUUUUCCGGCAGCGGCGCUGCAUUUCGGGGAGCGGAGAGAUCAUUCCUUUUGUUUUUUUUUUUUUCCCCUUUUUUUUAAAUAUUCCAUACACAUAGAUCGGCCGUAUAACAUUGACUUAUUUGUUACUACAAAAGUAAAGUAUUGGUUUGAUCUCUAGAGGGGGGAGAGCCCCCUGCCUCGCCUGGAAGUCCAAAACCAUGCACCAUAUGUGCAUGUGAAAGAAAGAGAGGAGGAUCACGGUUUGUAAAUGGUAAGAUGUAAACAUUAUAACGUGAGAGAACAUAGAUUGACCUUAUAAGUUGUUCCCUUACAUUACAAGUUGUUGCCAUGUGUUCCGUCGAAAAGAUGGAAUGAAAAAAAUAAAUAAAUAAAAAUCUUUUUUUA